CCUCCAACACCAACGAAUCCCCGUGAUGCACCGUCGCCUCUGAACAAUCCCCCAUCCUCCCCUCCAUCAUGCUCUCGGGUAUCCUCAUCUUCAACCAAAAGGGCGAAAACCUCAUCUUUCGCGCCUUCCGCAAUGACUGCCGCCCGCGCCUCGCCGACAUCUUCCGCAUCCAGGUCAUCUCCAACCCGCAGGUGCGCUCGCCCAUCUUGACCCUGGGAUCCACGACCUUUAGCCAUGUCAAACAUGAGAACAUCUACCUGGUGGCUGUGACCAAGAGCAAUGCCAAUGCGGCUCUGGUGUUUGAGUUCCUGUACCGGCUGGUGAUGCUAGGGAAGAGCUACUUUGGCAAGUUUGAUGAGGAGGCGGUGAAGAAUAAUUUUGUUUUGGUUUAUGAGUUGUUGGAUGAAAUUCUGGAUUUCGGAUACCCCCAAAACACCGAAACCGAUACCCUCAAAAUGUACAUCACGACCGAAGGUGUCAAAUCCGCCAUCGCCAAUUCCCCUACAGACUCGAGUCGUAUCACAAUGCAAGCCACGGGCGCUCUGUCGUGGCGUCGCUCCGAUGUCAAGUACCGCAAGAACGAGGCCUUUGUGGACGUGAUCGAGGACGUUAAUCUACUAAUGUCUGCGACGGGAACGGUGCUCCGCGCCGAUGUCAACGGCCAGAUUGUCAUGCGGGCAUACCUAUCCGGCACGCCGGAGUGCAAGUUUGGAUUGAACGACCGACUCCUCCUGGACGGGGACGCGGCGGGAAGUUCGACGGGGAACCGGGAAGGAACUAUGAAGGCCACGCGCGCAGCGGCAGGAUCCGUGACGCUGGAAGACUGUCAGUUUCACCAGUGUGUGAAGCUGGGCCGGUUCGAUGCGGAUCGGAUCAUCUCAUUUGUGCCGCCGGACGGCGAGUUCGAGCUCAUGCGGUACCGCGCUGUGGAGAACGUCAAUCUUCCUUUCAAGGUGCAUCCUAUUGUGCGUGAAGUUGGCACGACCAAGGUCGAGUACAGUGUGGCCAUCAAGGCCAACUACAGUAGUAAGCUGUUUGCGACCAACGUCGUUGUGCGUAUCCCCACGCCGCUCAACACGGCCAAGACUACAGAGCGGACUAGCCAGGGCCGUGCCAAGUACGAGCCCGAACAUAACAAUAUCGUCUGGAAGAUCGCCCGGUUCUCCGGUGGCAGCGAGUACGUCCUCACAGCGGAGGCGACCCUAACCAGCAUGACGCACCAAAAGGCCUGGAGCCGGCCGCCGCUGGGUCUGUCGUUCAGCCUGCUCAUGUUCACGAGUAGUGGACUGCUGGUGCGGUAUCUCAAGGUGUUUGAAAAGGGCAACUACAGCAGUGUCAAGUGGGUGCGAUAUAUGACUAGAGCGGGAAGUUAUGAAAUUCGAUUCUAGUGAAUACCCAAGUUGGAAGAAUGCACUUCAUUGAUUUCAGCUCGGCUAGGUUAGGUGUUUGGCGUCUUCGGAAUCGAUAUUUUGUUUAUGGAAAUCACGGAAAGCAUAUAAUAAACCCAGGACAAGCUAUCUUUAUUUCAUUCAUGGCAUAUGAAUAAGAUUGUUACAUGAACAAGGCAAUGCAUUGUAUAGACACAUGAAAUUGAACUACGGAAUGACCUCAGAUCCACUACAAAUAAGAAGAUAUUAAUAAAGAUGUAGAUAGAUAAAUAAAUAGAUGAU